AUGAGUACUGCUACACCACGCACGUCCCUGCGUGAGGGCUUGCGGCAAGCCCCAAAGGCCAACCAGCCCUUCAUCCCAGAUACUGCGCCGGUUAGACGCUCACAUGUGCACGCACACCCACAAUCACCACAACCAGUAUCAAUGUCCCAGACACACGCCAACUCCGUCGCCUCAAAUAGCCCUCAUCCCACAGUCGAAAGUUGGGAAGGGAGAGAGCAGAAGGUUCCAAUGUCCACACGUGAGGUAGCCACGCCUGGAAAUCGGCCAGGCCUCUUCAUUGGCCUUAACGACAGAGGAAAGACAGCGAAGCAGCCUGACUUUUACGAUCCAUACUUUCCCCUCAGAUACUUGGAGGUACCGAAGUCGGAUCAUAUCUACAAACGGGCCCAUUAUGGCCUACAAUCAGGAAUAUCAGAUGAGGUUGAUUUCGCGCUGUACCACCUUGUGCAAAUAUCCAACCAGAGAUGGGAUAAAUUCAAGUUUGAGGGUUUUCCACUACUUGCGGAAACUCUGAUGGAGAAAGCCAUAGAUAUAUCCAUCCUUUGCACCGGCGUGAAAUGGGAACUUCAGUAUGAUUUUCGCCAACCCACCGACCGUGUCAAUGUGUUGAACUCACUCCACGGCACCCGAGAUAUUUUGGAGAAAAUUAAACAGAUACCUGUAACCUUGCCAGACGACACCCUUGAGACCUAUGAGUUCAAUCACCGUCUUCGCAAUGUUAAAGAGGCCUCAUUGGUUCUCCGGAAUAUGGUUCUGCUCAAGGAGAACGCUUUCUACGUAUCGCGUUACGCCAAAGGACUACUGAGGGACUUCCUAGUCAUUUUGAUUAACCUCCCUAACCAGCCACGUCUAAAUGAAAUUAAGAAUGACGCAUUGGAUAUUGCAGAGGAAGUUACGAAGUUCAUGAGGACUGACCCUGAAGACCCCCUUUGGAUCUCCUUGCUUGGCUGUCUCGAGUCACCAGACCGUGCACACGUUAUUCGCGCCCUUUGGGCUCUUACUCAUUUUUCAACGGAGCUAGACGACCAGGAGGCAAACCGGGCAAUGGAGCGUGUACCAAAAGAUACUCUGCAACAGUUGUACUUCCACACGCUGCUUGACCAGGAUAGAGAUAUCCUAAGCGGCGCACUGGACUUUUGGUAUCAGUAUACGCUUUCUCGGGAGAACAUUGAGAACCUGAUUGACAUUUUCAACCUUCCUAUUGUUUUUGCACCGCGCAUGAUCGCCUUGUUAACGCACGAUGCGCGGCCCAGCAAGAAGGAAACGGUUUUGCAAGAGGAGAAAGUGGCACCACCCCCUUCGGAAAUUCCCCGUGUCCCCCCCGAGCUCUUGAAAGACCUAAUGGAGCUGUCUGAACCUGAGCGCAGCUCUCGAUGGCUGCGUUGUUGCUUCGUCGAAGAUGCUGAUUGUGAGAUCACCCAGAUCGCCCUAUGGCAAGCGUAUCAAAGCCGUUUCGCAGACCCUCGGGUUCCUGGCGGGGGUGUUCUACCGGCGGCCGAGUUCAUCAAGAAUGUCAGCACAACUUUCACAAACGCACAAGCUCAGGUCAUCAACGGACCUGGUGCAACUACUAGGUUCAUUAUCAAGGGUAUCAGACCUUUGGAGACUGCCUACACUUUCCAAGGCUUCCCUUACCUGUACUGCAAAUGGACGGACAACUCGAAACCAUCUAAAGCAUGCCAACGCGCCUUUAAAACGCCAACCGAUCUUCGCGACCAUGUUUUCUCGGAUCAUAUGAACCUUGCCACGAGUGGUGAGGCGCCGGGUCAUUACAAUCUGGACAAAGCCGAGUCACCAAUGCACACCUGCCUUUGGGACAACUGUACUAAAUUCCGCUCGUCUGGCCCCAGUGCUAACACUGCCAUGGUGGCAGGCCACGUGUCUUCACAUUUACCCGAAGAGCGACCCGCAGAUGCUGAAGCGCCAUCUUCCAAACGUCCUGUACUCCAGGAACGUAUCGUUCGUAAAUGGUUUUACCUGGACACACCCGUCAAUGAGAGAGGAGAACCCGUCGGAGUGGCGUACAAGGCUGCAUUAGUCCUGCGCAAUCUUGCAAGGAAUCUACCGGACCGAGUCGCACAGCAACACGACGGUCUAUCAUGGAAGAAGGCCGUAUUUCUAAGCCAUCGCCCAAGGAUCGUCGAGAUUUGGGACCGUAACCGGUCACUACGCAAGGAACUCACCGAGUUAAUUAUGAUCCUAGAACGAGAGGAAUAUUACUAA